GCAUUUGUUCGUAGCGCUUCGUUUUGGCAGAAACCAGCAGAGACUAAAGAGACGGCCAACAUGAAGUUGGGUGCAAAGCAAACUUGCAUCUUUUUAAUGUCUGUCUGUCUCUGUGUUGCUGCAGACCUGCAUGCACCUGAAGUCCACACUGAGCUCGGGAGCCUGAGAGGAGAAUAUGUGAGUGUUAAGGAGAAGGAGGCUGGAGUCCAUGCCUACCUGGGUGUCCCAUAUGCCAAGCCACCCAUAGGCCCUGCUCUGAGACUGGCUGCACCUCAGCCUGUAGAGGGAUGGAAAGGAGUCAGAGAUGCCACCAAGCAGCCUCCCAUGUGUAUUCAGCAUAAAGACAUUGCAAUAGAUAUGCUUGAUAAACUUGGUGGCAUUGUGGGAGAAAUUCCAGACAUUUCAGAAGACUGCCUUUACCUCAACAUCUACACUCCUGCAAACAGAGCUCCCAAUGCCAAACUACCAGUCAUGGUCUGGAUCCAUGGUGGAGGGUUUACUUUGGGAUCAGCCUCAAUGUAUGAUGGCUCUGCUCUGGCUGCUCACCAGGAUGUGGUUGUGGUUUUGAUCCAGUACCGCUUGGGAGUCUUGGGCUUUCUCAGCACUGGAGAUGAACACAUUUCCGGGAACUUUGGAAUGCUGGAUCAGGUACAAGCUCUGAGGUGGAUCCAGCAGCACAUUCACAACUUUGGUGGAGACCCAAAUUUAGUUACAAUAUUUGGGGAGUCUGCUGGUGGAGUGAGCGUAUCCCUCCUGCUUCUCUCACCAUUGUCUGAUGGCCUGUUCCACCGUGCCAUCGCUGAGAGCGGCACUGCUGCAGUGGAUUUACUUGUGUUAAAUGAUCCUCUACCAGCGACGCAGAUGGUUGCAAAUGUAUCUGGCUGUAGUCUGGAAAGCACAGAGAAUUUCACCCAAUGCAUGAGAAACCUUGAUAUUGAUACUGUUGUGACUAUUGUGAAGGAUGAAAAAUUGAGAUUACCAAUAAAUGUUGAUGGACACUUCCUGACAAAACCUGUGGAUGAGCUGUUCCGUAAACAUGAACUUCUCACUGUGCCAUUCAUGACUGGUGUUAAUAAUGAUGAAGGGGGCUGGUUACUUCCUGGUUUCUUUGCUCCUCCAAACUGGACAGAGGGAAUGGAUCGGGAGCAGGUCGUGAACAUCCUGUCCAUGUUCUUCCAAGAUCCCAAAGAUGCAGCCAUCAGAGAUUUGGUGACAGAUGAGUACACUGGAACCGGUGAAGAUCGUGUGAAAAACAGAAAUGGGUUCACUGAGUUGCUUGGAGAUUUGUUUUUUACCAUUCCAGCCAUUAAGGCUGCUAAUGCCCACAGAGAUGCAGGCGCCCCUGUAUACCUGUAUGAGUACCAGCAUCCUCCCAUAUUCCAGCAGACGAAAAGGCCAAGCUUUGUUAAGUGUGACCACGGAGAUGAAAUCUUUACAGUAUUAGGAUUAUGUCUCACAACUACUCAUGUCAAAUUAGCAGAUGCAUGCCCUGAAGAGGAGGUACAAUUUAGCAAAACCAUGAUGAACUACUGGGCCAACUUUGCACGCACAGGGUCUCCUAAUGGACACGGCCUUGUGCACUGGCCAAAGUAUGGAGCAGAAGAAGAAUACCUAGCAAUUAGUUUAAAGGAGCAGAUAACUGGUCAGCGCCUGAAGAAGGAGCGGUUUGUCUUCCUGGCUCAGACCCUCCCAGAGAAGAUCCGUGAACAUAAAGAGAAAAUGGAGCACGGCGAGCUGUAGAAAAGCCACCUCUCCUCUCUCUGCUGCAUCAAUAUUGUAAAUGAUUUCAUCAACUACAAACAAGUCAGCCAGAAUAAUAAUAAUAAUCAUUAUUUUAAUGAUUGUAAUCUUUACGAAGUACCAAACACUGUAUGAGAUGAAAGGAGAUCUUUUCAAAAUGUAUCCUCAGGAGAUGUUAAAAUCUCACAAUUUAACUUAAAACAAUGCGUGUAUGUGUGUGCAUCUUCACUUCCUGACACACUUUCAAAAGGUUGUUUGAGGGUUAAGACUUGGUUUUAAAUGGUUCAGGUUAGAAUAAAAUUUAGGUUAUGGUUAGAGAAAGGGUUAGGGUUAGGCAUUUAGUUGUGGUGGUUAAGGUUAGCGUAAGGGCCUACGGAAUGCAUUACAUCAACAAGUAUCCUCACAAAGAUUUAAGUACAAGUUUGUGUGUGUGGCAGCAGUAGGUAUUUAAAAGGUGUGUGAACACUUGAUAUAGUGUAUAUUGAGCAUUGGUUUGAAUCUAGGGCAGAAAGCUUCAGGGAAUACUUCUGUAAAAUCUAUAAGCCCCACAGGAAAUAUGUUGUAUUUAAGAGCACCUUAAGUCAGGGGAUACACCUACAGUGUUUGCCCAUAAACCUAAUAUCCCCUUACUGAUCUGAAUUCUAAUAUAAAAUUAAAAAAUCUUUUGAAACUG